AUGGCAGUCAAGUCGUUUGUCGCUCUCGCAGCCGUCUUGGGCUCGGCUGCUGCCAUUUCAAUUGCCGAGAUCAAUGGCGACCGCUACAUUUCGCCGUUCAAAGACAAGACUGUCACCGACAUCAAGGGUCUUGUGACGGCAACUAACAGCAAUGGCAUCUUUCUUCGAUCGACGGAGCCUGAUGAGAAUCCCGUCACUUCUGAAGGCCUCUUCGUCUUCAAUAGCGCUGCAGCAAACACGGUGAAAGUCGGCGACAUCAUCACUCUAGACGGUCUAGUUGUAGAGUAUCGAUCAAACGCCAAUUACAUCUACCUGACUGAAAUUAAUAAGCCUACAAACAUCAAAGUCGUCUCAUCCGGAAACCAAGUAAAGCCACUCGUCAUCGGCGUCGACACUUCAUUUCCUCCAACCAAGGACUUCUCUAGCCUAGAUCAAGGAGGAAUCUUCGGUGUUCCCAAUGCUGUGGCCAACAUCUCGAGCGCGAAUCCCCAGCUCCAGCCUGACUUAUACGGCCUUGAUUUCUGGGAGAGUCUUAUAGGCGAGUACGUCACCAUCAAAGAUGCCUACCAAAUCAGUCGCCCGAAUAACUUUGGCGACGUCUACAUCCGGGGUAACUGGCCCGUCACGGGUCUCAAUGCUCACGGCGGUCUGACUAUGCUGGAGGGCGAUGCUAAUCCCGAAGUCAUCACCAUUGGCACUCCCCUCGACGGAUCCAAGAACCCGCUCGACACCCGAAUGGGCGACUACCUCGGCGACAUUACCGGUGUCGUCUACAAUGAUUUUGGAUCCUACCGUCUGCUUCCUCUUACUCACCUUUCUCCCCUUAAGAAUGCCACUACCGACUUUCCCGCUGUCUCUUUCAACAGCACUGGUGAUUGUCUCGGUAUUACCGUUGGCGACUAUAACACCGAAAACUUGAUGCCCGACUCCCCUCACUUGCCGCUUGUCGUUGACCACAUCGUGAACAAACUGCGUACUCCUGAUCUCAUCUUCCUCCAAGAAGUACAGGACAAUUCUGGAAACAAGAAUGACGGCAUUGUUGACGCCAACGUGACCCUCUCCACGCUUGCAUCCAAGAUUGAAGAGGCUUCAGGCAUCGUCUACGAUUUCGCAGAGAUUAGCCCCAUCAAUAACAAAGACGGCGGAGAACCUGGUGGCAACAUUCGUCAGGCUUAUUUCUAUCGCUCUGAUGUCCUUCAGCUGUACAAGCCCAAUCUCGGCGGAAGUCUCGACGUCAAUGAGGUUGUCGACGGCCCGGAGCUCAAAUUCAAUCCUGGUCGAAUCGAUCCUCUCAACACCGCCUGGGAUAGCAGCCGCAAGCCACUAGCAGCCAUGUGGAAGACCGUCAAGGGCACCAAAAAGAUCUUUUUCACCAUCAACGUCCAUCUGGUCAGCAAGGGCGGCUCAACUUCUCUAUCAGGGGAUCUUCGUCCGCCUGUGAACCAAGGAGUUGAGAAGCGGACUUUACAGACCAAUAUCGUCGCAGAAUUUGUCGCCGAGAUUCUCAGCCAGGAUCCUAAGGCCAAUAUCCUCGUUGCUGGUGACUUCAACGAGUACUCCCAAGUCGACCCUCUCACCACAUUCUCCUCAAUAUCCGGUCUCACUGAUCUUGACGAAGUUGUCGGAAUUGAUCCCGUGGAGAGAUAUACAUACCUGUUUGACAUGAACACCGAAGAGCUGGAUCACAUGUAUGUGAGCGAAGGACUUCACCGGGACGCCAAGUAUGAACAUUUGCAUUUAAAUACCUGGCAGAAUAACGAUGACCAGGUCAGCGACCACGAUCCUAGCGUCGCGAGAUUCAAUCUCUGUGGUUGUUCGUCCAAGAAGACGAAGCAGAGUAACUAG